AUGACAUCUCAAGCAAGUGCCUUUGCGGGAAUGUCGCUUUUCCGCGAUCGCGACGUCAGUGCACUGCGUCUUGAUGGCUUCGCGUUCACAAAUAUGAAUUGUGAAGACGCCUGCGCAUCCCACAGUCUCAGGUGCAUUAUUGUAUCGAUGCGCUCGAUAGAAUCUGAGGACUAUUGCGGCUACUGGAAGUUACCUACCCGACGCUUAUCGAGUCAGCGAUUCCCCAACCAAAUCAUGAGAUUCGGCCAUGAAUUAACUGGCCUUGGUAAUUUAAUCGCUUUAAGUCAAAAUCACGAACGAUCAAAGCGUUACAUCAACGUUAAGUCGUUGUUUGCGUUAAACCUUUCAGUGUGA